AGCGAGAGAGAGAAGAAAGCAGAGGAGAGCGAGUCCAGCCCACUCCGCUAAAACCAUUCAACUGGUGCGAGUCCACACAGAGGCAGGAACCGAGGCAGCGAGGAACUCCCUCCGUCUGGAGAACUUCUGCCUUCACCCCAGGAACAAGGAUCCUCCUGCAGCAGCUUCUCCGUCGCUGCUUUUCCACCAUCCAUUCAUCACAUCGCAGACUUUUUCUCCUUUUUUUUUUUUUCCCUUUUUCUUCUUCUUGUUUUGUUUUCUUUUUUCUUUCUUUCUUUCUUUCUUUCUUUCUUUCUUUCGUUCUUUCUUUCUUGUGACGCCUCCACAUUUUCCAGCCAUCUGUCCCUGACAAAAAAGAUAAGGAUUACUCAUUUUCUCUCGGCGUUUUUUUUUUUUUUUUCCUUCUUCUUCUCUUUUUUGUGUCCUCCUCUCUCUCGUUUCUUUACAGCUUUUUUUCCCUCCAUUUCGCAGGUGGACUGUGAGCUGAGCUGAACUUUGCAGCUUCCAAACUUCUGAGGAGAGAACGAGAGAGAGAAGACAAAGACAGUCAGAAAGAGAGAAGCCAGAGGAAGCAGGGAAGCUCAGUUUCACGCUCAAGACUCUCCUCUCUCCACCCAGGACUCGAUUUUUGCUCACUUUUGUCCACAAACCCGACUUUGCUUCACCUUUUUCCGGCUCCGCUCGCGCAUCUGCAUCCGACAGCAUCAGCGAACGCAGCCAAUCAGGAGGCGUCAUGUCAGUGCUGCCUCUGCUCAGCUGGAGCCUCCUGCUGCUGGUGCAGCUCGGCGCCGCCUCCGACCUGCAGCCGCUGUCGCUCCAUCCCCACCGCCAGCCCGACGCCGCCGCCCACUGCCCCUCCUGCGCCCUCGCCAGGAUGCGGAGGAACGAAGGGAUUGCGGCGGCGGCGGCGGCGGCGGACGACCUGGCGGGACUCGAGGAGGAGGAGACGGCUCAGCAGGACGUGGUGGAGGCGGUGAAGCGGCACAUCCUCAACAUGCUGCAUCUGCAGGCGCGGCCCAACAUCACCCGGCCGGUGCCGCGCGCCGCGCUGCUCAACGCCCUGCGCAAGCUGCACGUGGGGCGAGUGGCGGAGGACGGCAGCGUGCAGAUCGAGGAGGAGGAGGCCCGAGGGAGGGCAGGCCGGGGAGGAGCGGGGGGAGGAGCGGCGGCGGCGGCGGCGGCGGCGGCGGCGUCACGGGCCGACGGCGGCGACGCUCAGGAGACCACCGAGAUCAUCACCUUCGCCGAAGCUGGUGAGGUUCCGGGCGUCGUGAACUUCGUCCUGUCUAAAGAUGGCGGCGACCUGUCUCUGGUGGAGCAGGCUAACGUCUGGCUCUUCCUCCGUCUGGCCAAGUCCAACCGCAGCCGGGCCAAAGUCACCAUCCGGCUGUUCCAGCAGCGCCGCCUCUCCGCCGGCCGCCCGCCGCAGGACGACGUCCCGCUGGCCGAGAAGACGGUGGACACCCGACGCAGCGGCUGGCACUCCUUCGCCGUGUCGGCGGCGGUGCAGGCGCUGCUGGAGGGCGGCGGCUCCACGCUGAGCCUGCGGGUGUCCUGCGACCUCUGCGCCGACACCGGGGCCACGCUGGUUCUGGUGUCGGGCGGCUCGGACGCGUCGCAGCGCAGCAGCCAGCGGGAGCAGUCCCACCGGCCCUUCCUCAUGGCCGUGGUGCGGCAGGGCGACGGCGCCGACUCGCGGCGGCGCAGGAAGCGAGGCCUGGAGUGCGACGGGAAGGUCCGGGUCUGCUGCAAGCGGCAGUUCUACGUCAACUUCAAGGACAUCGGCUGGAACGACUGGAUCAUCGCGCCGCCCGGUUACCACGCCAACUACUGCGAGGGCGAGUGCCCCUCCCACGUGGCGAGCAUCACCGGCUCCACGCUGUCCUUCCACUCCACCGUCAUCAGCCACUACCGCAUGAGGGGCUACAGCCCCUUCCAGAACCUGCGGUCCUGCUGCGUGCCGACCCGGCUACGGGCCAUGUCCAUGCUGUACUACAACGAGGAGCAGAAGAUCAUCAAGAAGGACAUCCAGAACAUGAUCGUGGAGGAGUGCGGCUGCUCGUAAGCCGGCCGCGGACUCGGCGGCGGAGGGGAACCGGAGACGCUCCGACCGGAGACGCUCCGACCGGCGCCGCCCUCCGACCCGCUCCGGGUUGCUCUCUGGGACAAAAACUCGACUCCAGCAGAACUCAGAGAGUUCGAAGGCACUUUCUGAAAACACAUGAAAAGAAAAAGAGAAAAAAAAGAAUAUCUAAUAUAUUUUUGUUACAAACGGAGGGAGCGAGUCGUAUUUAUGUGGCUGAGACGUUCAGCACCGCCGAGCAUCGGACCAGGUGCCUGAAGAACCACGAACACGGAUCUCAAACUAUGCAACUUGUUUCACGUAUUACCGUCUUAUUGGACUUCAUGUUUGUUUCCCAACUGUUUACUUUUUCAAAAUGUUCGAGGAAGAAAGAUUCUGUGUGUGUGUGUGUGUGUGUGUGUGUGUGUGUGUGUGUGUGUGUGUGUGUGUGUGGAGAGAUACUUGAAAGAAACAAGUUGGCGGCUGCUGGAACCAAACACUUCUUUACGUUACCAUGGUUACCAUGUUGAUAAUUAUUAUUGUCAGUAAGUAUAUUAAUAUUAUUGUUGUUAAUUAUAUUUUGUGUUGUUUUGUUUUUUUUAAGAAACGUUACAAACGUUGUCAUGUUUUGCACUAUAGCGACACUCGUGUUCAGACCGGCUGCAGGUGAGACACACCUGGACGAGCUCACACGCUAAACCACCUUCUGGCCAAAAGUCUGUGGACACGGCGGCUGAUUGGCCGAGGCGGCUGAUUGGCCGAGGCGGCUGAUUGGCCGAGGCGGCUGAUUGGCCGAGGCGGCUGAUUGGCCGAGGCGGCUGAUUCGGGAAACGCUGAAGUAAAGAACAGACGAAUUCUGUUGGUCACAAAGAAAAACCAGAUCCAGGUGUUAAAAAGCGUUUUUCUCUGUUUCUGCCGCAGACGUCUGAUAAACGAAUUAAAAUAGUUUUGUUUAUGCUCCCAGGGCACAGGGAACGUUCUUGGACUGUGGCCCUGCCUAAAAAAUACAAACCUCUACAUGAAAAACAGGAAAAUAUGCCCCCAGCUGCCACUAGAGUCAAGCAUCAGUUAGUCUGGUGAAGAGUCGGAGGGUUGUGCCGCUAGCGUUAGCACACAUGCUACACACAGGACUCUGCUCUAGCAUCGCGUCCGACGCUACGUCUGAGGAACAAGAAGCACCUGGAGACGGAAAGCGUGGCACGUUUUCUGGAUUUGACGGCUCGAGUGAGAAGUUAAAAUGAGAAGGAGUUGCUGCCUUCGUUUCACACAGGAAGGUUCGUCUGCCUCCAUCUGAGUCGGAGCUGAGCCCUUAGUUCAACCCCCGAACCCAAAACCUGCCUCAAAAAACAUCACCAGCCAGAAACUGUAAAAAAAAAAAAAAAAAAGACACAAAUCGUCUCGUUCACAUAUUUUAUAAAAACGAACCGUUGGCAGUUAUUGGACAGUCACUCCUCGAUGCGUCCGUGGAGCUCUGGCCGACGGUCACCUGGCAGAACACCUGUUUUCAGGUGGAGCUGCAGGAGUUCGUUCUGUUUCCAUCCAAGGAAACGUGACAGGAGCCACAAAAUGAUUAAAACAGCAGAAGUGGAAGAAGGCUGCCUGCUCUUGGUCUGACUGUCGGUCAGAGCCGAGGCGUCGCCGCUUCACUUUUUUACAGAAUUUUUUAGUUUUUCACAGAAUCAGCUUUAUUUUGGAUGAAUUUUUAAAUUUAAAGCGAUGAGACGUUGAGCUGAGAUGUGAAUGAUUCAGCUGAAGACACAGAGUGACUCAAGUCUUUCUGGUUUUACAGUUUCUGGCUGAUAAACGUCGUUCUGGACAUUUAUUGGUUGCAAACCUGCUGGCGUCUGUUUGGAGUCAGAUUGUUGAAGAACUUUUAUUUUUAUUUUGGAGAAAAAAAGUUAAACAGCAAAAUUCAAAUCAAACCUAAUCUGAUGGACAAAAAGCUUUUCACGCUCAGCGUUUUCCCUCAAAGCAAAAAGCUUCGAUGCAGCUGCAACAAACGGUUCAGCUAGUCGGAGGGAAGUCAAGCAGCUGUGAUGCGCUUUUAGUAAAAGUGGUUUUUCCACAAUAACACCUCUUGGAGGCUCGAUUCGGCGCCGUUUGAUCCCCUCUGGUUCGCUUUAGGACACCAAAGAGUCGCUUCAGUGAACCCGAAAAGAAGGAAACACGAAUUCACUUCCUCCAACCGGAGUCGUGUAAAAAAACCUCCGAGCUUCUGUUUCAGAGUCAUUUAGCUUCUCCGUCACUCUUCUCUCUCUGCGCGACUCCGUUUCCCACGAUGCUUUGCUCCUUAGCCGCGAGAGGAAAACACGACCCGCAGCCGCUCGGUUUCGUUUCUGGUAGAGAACGAGCGUCCGGUUCCGGUUCCGGUUCCGGUUCCGGUUCCGUCGUCGUCGUGUCCACGUCAGUGUUGUCGGUUUGUUCACCAAAAGUUGUGGCCGAUCGGUCGGCGUUUUAGAUGAAGUCACACGUUUUUAUUUGUGCGUUUGGGUUGUUCAUGUUUUCGGGGAGGGCGGAGCCUCUCCUGGACUGUGUACAAACAACAUGAAAAAAAAAGCCUCAAAAAGUUGGAAGAAAAAAAAAAAAAAGGACUAAAAGAAGUCGUAUUUGUUCCGGUUUUGUUCUUUUUGUCAAGACGAAAAAAUACUGACACUGAACGAAGUGGACAAAGAAUAAAAAGUCUAUUUUUUAUUCUGUAUAUAUGGAAACCAAGACUCCAGUUUGUUGCAUUGCUUUGUUGUACAAAUCCAAUGUGCUUGUGGCAUUUUUCUAAUCUAAUUUAUUUUACGGUAUUUUUUGGUUUUUGUUUUCUGCUUCACCAUUAAAGUUUAAAGGAUGUACACAAAGAAA